CAUAAGGAACCACGUAAGGUUUGCAAAUUGCAGGCCUUGGAGUCGUUCAUGCAUGCAGCUCUAUAAAUACCCAUGCCGUCCUCCCCUCUAGGCCACAACUCAUUCCUCACUUUCCGAUCUUAUCCUAACAACCAUGGCUAAGACUAAGCUUGUUGCUCUUUCCUUCAUAGUUUUGCUGAGCAUCGGCCUCUCCGAGGCAGGCCGAGCCUUGACAUCUUCAAGUGGAGGUGGUGGCGGAGAAGGCGGCGGGGGUGGUGGUGGCUCUGGAAACGGCUCCGGUUCAGGCUAUGGUUCCGGCUCCGGUUAUGGUGAAGGAGGUGGAUCCGGGGCUCAUGGUGGUGGGUACGGAAGAGGUGGAGGCGGUGGUGGCGGAGGCGGUGAAGGGGGAGGUAGCAGCUCUGGUUAUGGGUCGGGGAGCGGCUAUGGUUCUGGCUCCGGAUAUGGGGCCGGUGGUGCCCAUGGUGGAGGGUAUGGUAGUGGCGGAGGUGGCGGAGGCGGUGAAGGCGGAGGUAGCGGAUCUGGCUAUGGGUCAGGAAGCGGGUACGGGUCUGGCUCUGGAUAUGGCGCCGGCGGAGCGCACGGUGGAGGCUAUGGAAGCGGUGGAGGUGGUGGAGGUGGCGGCGGCUCCGGCGGAGGGAAUGGAAGUGGAAGUGGAUCGGGCUACGGAUCCGGCAGUGGCUCAGGGUACGGCCAGGGCAGUGGUGCCCAUGGAGGGGGCUACGGAAGCGGCGGCGGUGGUGGCGGCGGCGGUGGCUCGGGCUCUGGGUCUGGUUCUGGGUCCGGCUAUGGUUCUGGAUAUGGGAGUGGUGGUGGCGGACACCAUUAAUUAACUCCUAGAUCUGCAACCGUCCACCUGAAGCCCUUCAUUGUCGUAGUUCGCGUACCGCGUCAUUCAAUCCUUCUUAUCCGUGUGUUAAUUUUAGUUAUGGGUGUUGUUGUAAUAAAAAAUGGAAGGGCUUCUGGGCUUCUGUCUCAUAAUUGAAAAAAUAAUGGUUAUCAACAGUUAGCU